UCUUUCUCUAUUAGAAGUAUUUCUUUGCGAGUUGUGAUAGUGAAUUUUGUUUGAAUAGUAUUUCAAGCAUUGAAUCAUGGCUUUCUAUGUCUUCAACUGGACAAAGAGAGAAUAUAUACUGGCAGUUUUGUCUUUGGUAUUGCUGGUCAUCACGGCCAAACACCAAGAGUACUUCUGCUGCAAGGAAAAGCCGCUGAGUAAUUUUGAGAAGUUUGGGAUUUGGCUUGGUUUGGUGGAGGAGCCAAAACCAUGUCCAGGGGAGGAAGAGCUCAUUUCUAUGGCAAUAGAGAUGGGCGUUGCCAGUGCGGCUGUGCUGGCAAGUACAGGCAUACCCAAAUUGUGGAACUGGUCCAAGAUGGGCGUUGCCAGUGCGGCUGCACUGGCAAGUACAGGCAUAUCCGAAUUGUGGAACCGGUCCACAUCUAUUCUGGGUCACGUUGGACAGGCAGUGAAGAGAGGAUUCCAGUAUCUGAAAGAUCGUGUACCAUUUAGAAAGGCUACCAACCACAAUCCCGAUGAGUCACCUCCGAAAUACAAGUAUUUCUUUUUCCGGAACGCCUAUGAACAAAGGAAAAUCCUAAUGGUUGCUAGAGAGGGAGAAGUCUAUGAACAGAUAUUUGUCUACUCUCCCGAAAAGAAGAAGAUGGAAUGUGUGAUGUGCUAUCCCAAAGGGCUUAUCUAAUUAACAGAGUCCAAUUAUAUCAGUGUAGUAUUGCCAUUUUAAAGAAGUCUGUUUAAAUAAUUGUCUUCAUGUUAACAGUUUAGAGAAGUUUGUUAAUAUCUAGUUUUUAUCUAUUUACACCAUAAAGAUAAGCUCAUACUAAAUCUUAAAUAUAAUAUUAGAAGAAUAUUAUAUAAUUAUUUAUAUCAGUGUAAUAAUAUUGUCAUUUUAAAGAAGUAUAUUUAAAUAUUUAUCUUCAUGUUAACUGUUAAGAGAUGUUUUUGUUAUC